AUGAGGCUCGUUUAUGUGCUCCUCCUCGUCGUCGCCAGCACCACCGUCGGCCGUGCUCCGCCGCCUCCCAGCGCGGCAGGCUCGCUCGCUCGCGCGCUCGCGCGCUCCGCGCUCGACGCUUGGGCCGACGGAGGCGCUGCUGGUGGCUCUGCCGACAUCGAGUGGGACUCCCGGCUCGGCCGAGCGCUCCUCUCGCUGCUGCGGCUGCUCGUCUCGCCGGCGGUGCGCGUGGCGGCUGAGAUGGCCGAGACGAUGCUGCCACCGGGAGAGCUCGUCCAGGCGCGCGAGCCCGCCGCGAGUCUCGCGCGGCCGCACGUCAGUCCACAGUCGUCCCUCUCUCCACUGCAGGGCGAGCGGCUGUACGCGCCAGCGCGGCUCGCUCACGCCGACUUGAACGCCUCUGAGCUGCGCGUGACUGGGCUCCGCUCUCUUGGUGAUAGCACUGCCAUCUCGAGAUGCCUCGUCGCUGUCCUCACCCCUCUUCCUCCCGCGUCAGGCGAGCUUACCUUCACCCCUGUGGGCGCGCGCGCCGUGAGGGCGGCCGCCGACUUCGAGACCGUCAACGCGUCCAUGCUCGUCGAGGCGCUGCUGACUCCGCUCGGCCUGCCUGGCGCGUCGGUCGGGACUGCGGGCCGCCUCUCGGCCUCGCUUGAAGGGGUGCGCCUCGCCGUCACCUUCUCGGUGCCGCCCGUCUCCCGCCGCGUCGCGCUGCAGGCCCUCUCGCUGAGCGGCAAGGAGGAGGGCGGUGGCGAGGAGGACGCGCCUCCGCAGGCGGGGCCGCCCGCCGCCGAGUGCACUGCGGCAAGUGAGGCCGGCGGCGGCGCUGCGGCGGCAGAGGGGGCGGCGGCGGCGGCGGCGGUGGACUCCAGGGCGAAGGCAAAGGCGCGGAAGGCGGCGUCGCCCUUGCGGCUCGGCGUGACGGCGGUGGAGGUGAGAGUGGGACACGUCACGGCGGCGGUGCUGGACCCGGAGGACGAGAUUGGGCCGCCGGGGCUGCUGUGGCGCGCCCUUUCGUCCGCCUUCUCCGAGCAGCUGCGCGGACUCGUCGAGCUGCACCUGUCGCAAGUGUUGCGCGAGUCGCUCGAUGAGCUGGUGUCCAUGGCCGACGAUUUCGCCUCCGCCUUUAUCCUCGCCAGCUCCUCGCGCGUCAUGCGCGAGCCCGGCUCCCUCGCCGGCGCGGCGCCCACCGUGAAGCGCGGCGACGUCGAGUCCGCCCUCUCCGCCGCCCCUCCCUGCGACGUGCCGCCCCCCUCGGCCGCCGCCUCGGCCGCCUUCUGCUCGGCGGCCAGCAUCCGCUUCAUCGCGGCGGUCGUCAUCGACACGCCGCGCUGCCCAGGCGUCGCUGGCUGCGGGAAAGCGUCUGGCGCCGCCGCGGCCGCCACCGCGCCGCUACACUCCCUCUGA